UUGUACUUUGCAUGAGACAGCUUUUCUAAACCGAGUGUUAUAUAUUAAGUAGUAGGGUUCAAAUACCGCUACCUAAUCUCAUAGCACUAUUAAAGGUGGUGUAAAGGACCGACUUCUCCACUCCGCAAACUCCCAGUACUGACCAGGCGUCCUCUUACAAACCGAUGUGACUGUAUAGUGAGAUCUACCGUCGCAUAAUUCCAGAAUAUCUGUCGAUUGUUUUGCACAUGACAGCGCCAAGUUUCUAACUUUUUGAAAGAUUUUACUCCAGUGUUCGUCCGCCUACCUUUAUACGUUGGAAAUGUGGUGGAUGCUGUUUCCCCGAUGGAUCUGGUUUUUGUUUGGCCAGCUCUGUGUCUUGUCUUUGGACCGUCAGGUCAGGGCAAUAACUUUGUCAAAAGUCGUGUAUUCUCACGCAGGAAUGUGUCCUAAUGAGAUGAACCCGAAUCUCUGGGUAGACGCCAUGAGUACCUGCAUGCGUGAGUGUGAAUCAGAUCAGGAUUGUGAGACAUUUGAGAAAUGCUGCCUAAACGUGUGUGGGAGUAAGAGCUGUGUGGCAGCCCGUUAUAUGGACAUAAAAGGAAACAAAGGACCAAUGGGUAUGCCAAAGGAGGCCACUUGCGACAAGUUUAUGUGCACCCAGCAGGGAUCUGAGUGUGACAUCUGGGAUGGGCAACCGGUGUGCAAGUGCCGUGAUCGCUGUGAGCGUGAGCCCCAUUUCACCUGUGCCUCAGAUGGCAUGACCUACUACAACAAGUGCUAUAUGGAUGCAGAAGCCUGCUCUAAGGGUGUCACCCUCAAUGAGGUCACCUGCAGAUACCACCUCAUAUGGCCCAACACGAGCCCACUUCCUGAUGAGACAACUAUGCACCCCACCACUGUCCGCCUGGAGACUACUCCUAUGGACAUCCAGCCACCUGCUGUGAUCAGCAAUCCAGCACACAAUUUUGUGUUUGUGGGAGAGACAGCGAGCUUCCUGUGUGAAGUGACAGGCAAGCCCAAACCAGAGAUCACAUGGGAGAAGCAGGUGGAAGGGAAAGAGAAUACAGUCAUGCAGCCCAACUAUGUGAGGGGUAAUGUAGUCGUGACUAAUAUUGGUCAACUUGUUAUUUACAAUGCCCAGCUCCAGGAUGCUGGAAUCUACACCUGCACAGCCAAGAACCUGGGCGGAUCUCUACAGGCCCACUUCCCACUGUCUGUUGUCCAUCAGGAGCAGGCUACUAGUGAAGGCCAGGCAAACUCCACCCGCAUGCCUGCCGAGGAGUGCCUGAAAGCACCCGAUAUAGGUGACUGUGGGGAGGAGAGUAUCAGCUGGUACUAUGAGGCCAAGCGCAACAACUGCUUUACCUUCACCUACAGCCAGUGUAACAGGAACAGGAAUCACUUUGACACUUACAAGUCUUGCAUGUUGUCUUGUGGAGCGGAGCUGGCUGCCCCUUGCUCCCUUCCCAGUCUCCAGGGUCCUUGCAAAGCUUAUGAACCACGCUGGGCAUACAACCAUCUCCUCAAACAGUGUCAGUCUUUCAUUUAUGGUGGCUGCGGUGGCAAUGAGAACAAUUUUGAGAGCAAGGAGGCCUGUGAGGAGAUGUGUCCCUUCCCCAAGAACCACAACUGCAAGCUGUGCAAGCCACGGCAGAGGAUGGUAACCAGCUUCUGCAAGAGUGACUUUGUCAUCUUGGGCCGCAUGACAGAGCUAACAGAGGACCAGGAUUCAGGCCACGCUCUUAUAAUGGUGGAGGAGAUCCUGAAGGAUGAGAAGAUGGGGCUGAAGUUCUUUGGACAGGAGCCCUUGGAGGUGACAUUGCUCAACAUGGACUGGAGCUGUCCAUGUCCAAACAUUACAAGUGCUGAAGGCCAGAUGAUCAUAAUGGGGGAGGUGCACAAUGGGAUGGCCGUGCUUCAACCCGACAGCUUUGUGGGCAGCUCCAGCAGUCGCCGUGUACGCAAGCUCCGUGAGGUAAUCAGUAAGAAGACGUGCACCUUUCUCAAGGACUUGGGCAAUGUACAGUAGCAUGUGCAGUGCUGUCGUACUGCUUUGGACUCCAUGAUACACCUUGACUGCUCUUUUCCCUUGUGCCUUUUGCUGUAAGCCAGAGCAAGCUGCCAUUUACAAUUUUUGGUGUUAUCAUACUACCUAAAGGUAUUUAGCGCUAUUUUAUUGUUUGAACAAGUAGUGCAGAGAAAAACAGUGAAUUCUACAUAGGAUACACAAAUAUCUCUGUGUACUAAGGUAAAUUACCAAUGUUAUUUACAUGUACUGUAGUCUGAACUUAACUGUUUUCAAGCACUUAUGUUGUAAAGAAUUGUGAAAAUCCUUUUUUUAAAUAUAUUUUAGUUUGAUUAAAAUAUUUUACAUUUUCUUUUAAAUCUGAGUCACAUGAUAUGAUCUAAUAAAUGCCUUAUAGGCAAUAGCUUAAGUUAAAACUCAUGGCCUUCAGGUCAUGCAUGAAAAAGAAAAUCAAAAUCAAAAAAUUUGGAAACAUACUGGGAAACCUUUCUAAUUUAAUGUUCUUUUCUUAUAUAUUUUUACACACACACACACACACACACACACACACACACACACACACACACACACACUUACACUUAAGUUUAUGCAUUGCACCUUGUAAUUGUGUUGUAGUAUAGUUUCCCCUGCUUUAUAUUAAGGUGUAUUUAUUUAUUUUACCAUCCUAACUCAUAUUUACCAGGAAGUGAAGUACUAGGUAGUCAUACACAAGCUUUGCAUAGCAUAUAUGUUUUUUUCAUAAAAUGUAAGAGUCAACAUAUUAAUGAGAUAACUAUUAAUUAACAAAAUUAAUUUUGUAUUAUCAUGAAUGUAAAUAACAUUUAUGUACACAGUGUGAGAAAAGGUGAUUAAAAAUAGUAUUCCUUUGAUUACAUGUCUUUGUCUUCAUUCCUCUAUGCCUUAAUUUCUUCAUACCACUGACAUGGUCGUGGGUAAGCCUGCACUCAUUUAAGCAUGCAAGCAUUUAAACUCAAUGGUUUUUGGCUGUGCUUUGUGAAGGGGGACUUUUUGUGUUGGAUCGUUCCCUCCCCUUUCCCACUCCUCUAUUGUCGGUCAGGACUGGCCCUCGAACUUGAGCAGGUCACAUUCCAGCUGUAUGGUGGUGGGGGUAAGAGGGGGUUGCCGGA